CUAGAUGAAGAAUGUGCUGCUUACCGUCUUGGACUCGAAUCGGUUUCCUCGCUUCUCCGUAUCUUUGAGUGCAAACGAUGCAACGUCGUCCUUGUAGAUGCCCUCAGGCAGACGCUCUUUAAGAGCGCCGUCCUUCUUUGCGGUAUAGUUGCCGCAUGCAAUCCACACAGUCCCCUUUUCUGAUAGUAUAGACAGAGAAGAAGCGAUGGUUUCAGCUUUGAAUGCAAUGCAAAGGCCUACUCUGAUCCUCUAUUGCCUCCAGCACUUCCUCUAUUGUCUCAGUGAUGUUCUUUGCUGCAGCAGCGACAGCAACAAUAGCUCUCGUAAGCAGACGACAUGCAAUGUAUUUUGGGUAACGGUGAGUGAAGAGAUGUCUCACGGUCAAGUCCGCGUACAAUGAAGCCAAACAGUGCACCGAAGAGGUGGAGCAGUUGUUGGACUAGCAAAGCUCUGGUCGAAUACAGCGAAGAGUCGUACGUCUCCUGACAGCGUUCAUACACGCACACAGACAGACAGACAGACACACACACACGUGUGACAUUAGUUGUUGGUUUCACUUUAGUCACUUGUAGCAGGUGUCGCCUUAGCAGGGUCUGCUUGGAGCUGAAGCCAAGAAGCCGCCUUCUCACUUUCGCGAAGUCUGUGGAAAGGGUCUGGUUCAUCCUCUGCACCCCACUUGCUCCUCCUUUCAU